CAGGCGAUUUAAAGAGAGAGAAGUCUUUCACUUCAGCCAUGGAGUUGUCAGUGAUCCUGCUCAGCUUUAUAGCCAUUUUGUUCAGUAUGGAGGUGGCUGCAGACUGUGGAGUAGCUCCUCUAAAUACGCGUGUAGUGGGCGGCACUGAUGCUUCUGCGGGUAACUGGCCCUGGCAGGUCAGUGUCCAUUACAACAGCAGACACAUCUGUGGAGGAACCCUGAUCCACAGCCAGUGGGUGAUGACGGCCGCUCACUGCAUCAUCUCCAGUACUAACCUCAACAGCUGGACUCUGUACCUUGGAAGACAAACCCAGACCUCGUCUGCUGCAAACCCAAAUGAAGUAAGGGUUGGUAUUCAGUCCAUCACCGUCCAUCCAAAGUACAACAACACACUGUUCAAUAAUGACAUAUCCCUGAUGAAACUGAGCCAGCCUGUAACCUUCACUCCAUACAUUCGUCCGGUCUGCCUGGCAUCCAGAGGGAGCAUCUUUCACAACGCCACAUUCUGCUGGGCUACAGGCUGGGGGAACAUCGGCAAAAACCAACCGCUGCCGGCUCCGCAGGCUCUUCAGGAGGUGGAGGUCCCAGUUGUGGGCAGCUCACAGUGCAGCUGCCAGUAUAAACCAUUAGGUGAUGCUAUAAUCACAGCACAGAUGAUCUGUGCAGGGAGAACAGACAAAGGAAUCUGUCAGGGAGAUUCUGGAGGUCCGUUACAGUGCAAACAGGGUUCUGUGUGGGUCCAGGCUGGAAUCACCAGCUUUGGGACGAGUCUGGGCUGCGCCAAAGCAGGUUUUCCAGAGGUGUAUUCACGUGUCUCUGAGUUCCACACGUGGGUAACGGAGAAUGUGGAAGGAGCCGCCAUUGGCUUCGUGACCUUUUUGUCCAAUGGCACAGACAGCAGCUUCACAUGCUCUGCCUCACUUCAGCUUUCACACUACUCUAAUUUUAUCAUUCUCUUCAUGACACUCAUCUCACACUUACAGUCACUUUAAACUGACUCACGCACAUGUGCAAUGGGGUACGGGUAACAGGAACAUGUGACAGAGAAAAUGCAGAGUGAAAUUAUAAAAGACUUGUAAAAAGGACAAAAUGCUAAAAAAAUAGCAUCUGAAAAAUUAAAGCUCAUGAGUGAAUCACCAAAAAGUCCCUGCUACUGGAAACAUAACUACAACAUUAUGUGGGGAGAAAUUAUUUUUAUUGUGAUCAACAUGCACAUUUCAAAAGUGUCACGGUAAUAUAGCGGAUGUUACUGGUGUCCAGUUUUUGCACUUAUGAAGUGGGAAGUUCUGAUGGUUCAAGUUACGUUGUAAAUAUCGUGAAAGUUGAACACAAAUGAACGCCACCACAAUGUCAUAAUUGUGAGUGAGAAGCUCUGAACUUUCUUUAAGCCCAGAGUUUCUGACCUGUCAGUGAGAAAAAUGUAAAGGUACAGAAUAGAUGCAGCAUCUGUAAUGACAGUGAAUUUCUUGAAAUUAAUGAUUUUUUUUUUUUUUCAUUUAUAAUAAAACCAGCAAAGUUGCAUGUACAAAAAUAUGACAUUAAUGUACAAUUACGAUAAUUAUGAUCAAAUAUGUAAUGAUUACAUUUACAUCACCUAAAAAUGGAAAAACAAAAUCACGUCUGAUGCACAUUCUUUAUUCAUCAUUUUGUAGAAGCAGAGUGCGACAUGAGAAGUCAUAAUUACAACUUCCCAACUUGUAAAUCUCCACCUAAAAAAUGUAGAACUGAA